AUGAUGGUGAUACCAGUUAGUCAACACAAGCUCAUAAAAAUUCGACGUAAAAACAGAUAUAAGUUGACCAGACUGGCGCUCUACUGUUCUCUGGGCGCAUGCGUCUGCGAUAUCAUUUGCAGUUCUACGAAUAGUUGGCUAUACACAUCGGAGGUGUUGAAAUACUACGUACCUCCGAACAACUCUCAAGCAUAUGAAGACUCUCAACUCAACGAUCCCGUGUUCCUCAAAAACGCCUCGUUUGGACCGUGGCAAUACUGUUGGCUUGAUCCGUUGACCGAGUUUCACUGUAACAGCGUUCAAUACCUCGUCGAUGAGGAUCCAAGUGACGUAACAACAUCGGUGCAACAUUCAAUCCGUAGCGCCUUUCUUUUCAUGAUGUGUGGAGCGGUCCUAGUCGUCAUUGGGUUCCUGCUUUCGAUCCUGUGUACUCUGCUUCCGAAUCCAUACUCAUCACUUUUCACAUGUACCAUUAUUCACAUUAACGCAGGAAUCGCCAACUUUCUUUGUAUUGUUGUAUUCAUGUCAGCAGUUUCCAAAGAGGUUGGAAACAAAAUCCAUCCGGCCAGUGAAAUGGACGAUCCGCUUUUUCACUUUGAGUAUGGGUUCUCGUUCAUUUUGCUUCAGAGUACUUUUCUGCUGACUGAGCUGGCAGCACUGUUCUCAGCUGUGGUUUACAUGGCGAAACGAGACGAGAGAACGUUCAAUAGAUACAAGAUCCGAAGUCUUCUGAAAUCUACCACGGUAAUUCAUUCAUUGAAAUAUGUCGCCGUUCAGGUAAUAAACACCACCUUACAGUUGUUGACUAGCAUUGAGAAGCCGGUUUCGGAUGUGGUACAAGAACGCGGCAAAAAUCAACCUGCCCGAUUCGCCAGAGGAAGACGCACCAGGUAA